AUGUCGAAAAGCAGUGAUCAGAUUGUGCUAGAAAGACGGCUCAAACCGAUAUAUGAUGCAAUUGAUGCAGGCAGUAACAAAAAAGCAAUGCAGGAAGCAGACAAAGUCUUGAAGAAACAUCCCUCCACUCAUUGUGCUAAGGUUUUAAAAGCACUGGCUUUGAUUCGUGCUGAUCGUGUAAGUGAAGCAUGGCCAUUGAUCGACGAAGUUGAGUCAGUGAAAGAUGAUUUUGAUGAAAAUACUCUCCAAGCUUUAUGUCACUGUUUUAAGGAAGCUUAUACACCUGAAAGGAUAUCUGUAUUAUAUGAAAAGAUCUGUGCUCGUUAUCCCAAGAAUGAACAGUAUUUGACUCAUUUAUUUAUGAGUUAUGUUCGUGUACGAAAUUACAAGCAGCAACAGAAGACAGCUUUGGCAUUGUACAAGGAAUUUCAGCGAAAUCCGUAUUAUUUUUGGAAUGUUAUGAGUAUCGUCAUGCAAGCAAUUACUGGGGAUCAAAACCUGGCUCAGUCAACACUAUAUCCGCUAGCCGAAAAAAUGGUUACAAAAAUGAUCAAAUCCAAUUUAAUACAAGCUGAGGCUG